AUUUGGCGCUUAUCUUUGUUGUUCAAUGGACAGAUAAAAAUGUGAAAAAAAUCCGUUUUAUUCUGCGAUGUGCGAAAAUCUUCAUCAGUGCGAAAUUGGCAUCGUUACACUGAGCACUCCUGAGGUUUCUGACGUAAAAUUCCACUACAUUCUCCGUAUCUCGUAGACGGAUUUGUUACUAUUAAAAUAUUAAGACAAUAAAAUCUGAAGCUUUCAAGUAAACAAUACUAUCAGGAGUUGAUAACAGCAUUCGCUCUGGAAGAAGAUCGGGGUACGGUUGUGUUGAUAAUUAAAAAAAUAUUUAUUUUAUGUUAAUUAAAUUGCAAUUGUAACGAAAAUGCGGUGGAGCCGGGAGAGGCGCGAUGAACGCCGUCUCGCCUCGUAAUAGCCCGCGGCCUGCGUUUGCGACGCGGACCAGACGCAGCCAGAUGUGACUCGUGUGUCGAACAGUGUGCACGUGUUUUUAGUGACUCUGUGUCCAGCGGAACCGCGCGCGAUCCUGUCAAACAGCCGGCGAAUUCGCGCCAUCGAGAUUUUUACCCAGUUUGCAGCAGUUGAAAUGUUGUCGACACCAAAACUUUAAUUCCUUAUGUCAAGAAGGUACACGACGUUUUUAAACCAAACGUGCUAUAACUUGGAAAGUGUGUUUUUCAAAGGUGCGCAAUCGAGGACUAGCCGGUCCUUGAUGAACCCGACAACCCACAACCCUUGCGCUCGUACCCUUUGCAUCUCGAAGAAGCCUUGUCGUUACUCCGCCAGAGAUCCGAGGUUAAGACACUGGUCGAGAGAACUAAUCGUAUCCUCAACGUAGACGGAUACUCACCUUUGGAUUUUUAGAAUCCAACAUAGGUUUUCACUGACGUCCCACAGAGGGCGCGAAUAGAGACACCGGUAGUACAUUACGUACGUAGGCUCGUACUUAAGAGGGGCUCCGCGAGCGACUAAUGGAAUCGCAAAGAGCCUACGCUAAUGGAAUCACCGGUAAAGAUAAAGCGUUCAAUCAUGAACAUAAAGUACCGUCUGAAGAGGAGAAGACUACGUCACCUCUACUCAGUAGGGCAGACGUCGCUAAGCUAACGAACGCCAUCGAUGAUGGGAGGUACGGAGCAAACGAGUUGAAAGCGUCCAAGAAUGAUUUGAAUACAGUAAAUUCUAUGAAGACGGACGGAGACGAUGAAAAGAAAUCGAAUCACCUUUCCGUAAGUUAUAGCAAGGAUGAGAAUAAUGAAGACGACACGAAGUCGACUAAUGAGGGUGUCAAGUUCUUGGGUUUGGGCGACGCCGACAGCAUCUGCUCGAGCAAGCCGUCCGCGGAGCAGUCGCCUGAGAUCCCCGACGGCGGCUGGGGCUGGGUCGUGGUUGCAGCCUCCUUUCUCAUCGCCACCGUGGCUGACGGCCUCGCCUUCUCCUACGGCCUUAUGCACAACGAGUUUGUAGGAUUCUUCAAGAAGAGCGAAGCUAAAACUUCACUCAUUGGAAGUCUCUUUAUUUCUGUUCCACUGAUUGCGGGCCCCAUAAUGAGUGCUCUAGUGGACAGAUACGGAUGUCGGAGCAUGACAAUUGUGGGUGGUGUCACCGCGACCAUUGGAUUUGUGGCCGCCGCUUUCUGUAAUUCAGUGGAGACUCUCUAUGUCACAUACGGUAUCAUCGCUGGCCUAGGCAUGGGAUUACUCUACGUAACAGCUGUUGUUUCGAUAGCGUACUGGUUCGAGAAACGUCGAAAUUUGGCAGUUGGUUUAGGAUCUUGCGGUGUCGGAUUCGGGACUUUUAUCUACUCCCCCUUAACUACGUACUUAUUGGAAGCCUUCGGGUGGAGGGGAGCACUGCUAUUGCUCGCCGGUACAGUACUUAAUGUCUGCGUCUGCGGUGCCGUUAUGAGAGAUCCAGAAUGGUUGAUUCUGGAACAGAAGAAAGCGCGACAGUUAAGUAAAGCGAAACGAGCUUCUAGUUUUAUGUCCGUGUCUGCGAAAUCAGGAGGUGGGGAAUCCGUCUACCCAGGGGUGGAGGAAUUGAAGAUAUUGAUGAAAAGCGGGGAAACACCUGAGUAUAUUCUAACAACCUUAGUAGCAUCUAUCGCGCAAUCGGAAUCUUUAGAAGCUGCUACAAAGAUGAACGCGGAUCUAUCACAGCAGAACAAAGUGAGUUCUGUUAUAAAUCUUCCUACAUUCUUACGUCAAAGUGAAAAGGUGCCAGCGGAAGUUCUGGAUCAGUUGGUGGCGAAUAAGCGCCUGUAUAACAUUAUUUUAACGAACUACCCCUCGCUGCUCGCGCUGCGAAGCAACUCAGAACAGAAGUUGGCAAUCGAGCCGGUGCCCGAAGCGUCGAAGUCUAAACAGGUAAUGAUGUCUAUGAAACUGAAGCUUAACAAGAAGAAAGAGAAAAAACCUUUCGAGGCGAAAUUGGAACAGGUUCGGGAUCAAUUGCUGCAGCCGAUUCCGGAGAACAAGCCGGCGAUAAUUACGCCUAGGAACGACCGCCAGGAUUGGUUCACGAGGCAGUUUCAUACAGAUCACCACUACCUGCGUGACAUCAGGGUGCAUAGGAACUCGAUUAUGCACCGCGGCGCUAUGAUGAACAUCGCUAAAUACAAGCUGCGCGCGUCUUCAUGCCCGGAUAUAUACAAGAACUCGAUGUGGUCUGUGGAAGACCAGGAGGAGAAGACACGAAUACAACGUUUCCUGGCGAUGCUGAACAAGACGUUUGAUUUCAACAUGUUUACUGAAUUCCACUUCCUGAUGAUGAAUGUGUCAACCCUAGUGUUAUUCAUCUGGUUCAUAGUGCCGUACUUCUAUAUCGCUAACUUUAUGACGAUGAAUGGAUUUUCUGAAACACAAGGCUCCCUUAUGCUGAGUAUAUUCGGUGUUGCCACUAUUAUUGGUAUUGUCGGUCUCGGCUGGAUGGGAGAUUUACCUUGGGUUAAUGUGACGAAAACAUACGCUUUAUGUCUAAUAGUUUGCGGAUUCACGAUACUGCUGUUCCCAAUUUUAAUACGCGUAACUGACGCUAAUGAAACAUAUAGUUUCUACAUCCUGGCGUUGAAUGCGGUUAUAUUUGGCUUGACAUUCUCCAGCUCUUAUUCAUAUACUCCUAGUAUCCUCGUGGAAUUAAUCGCCCUCGAACGCUUCACGAUGGCGUAUGGGCUAGUCCUGUUGUGUCAAGGAUUGGGACAUCUUAUUGGCCCACCUAUGGCUGGUGCCCUUAAAGACAGGACUGGAUAUUGGGACGCGGCAUUCUACGUGGCUGGAAUAUGGGUCGUUGUCUCUGGUCUGCUCGUCGGAGUAAUACCAUAUACAAGGAACUUCCGUAUCUGUGGGAAUGCGCCGCUUGCGAAAGAUGCUGCCGGCGAACCGGACCCCGGAAUUAAAAUUAUUAUAGCCCAUUAGUAUUUUAAGAUAGAAUUAACUUUGCUUUGUGCUUUUUGACACUGCGUUUUAUAGGUUAGUUUUAAUUAUGUGUUUUACUCGAUCUUUUCGAUAGUGUGAAAAUUGAUUUACUUAAAAUAUUUAUGUAAUCUUAAUUGUUAGUUUGUAUUUUAUUACAAAUUUAUUUAUUCGUAUGUUAUACGAAGACAGCACGUGAAAUAGUAUUUUUGGAUUGCAAUAGUUGGUAUUUUUGAGAAUAUAAUUUUCCGAAAAAAGAUUUUAACAACUCAAAUAAUAAGUAUUAAAAAUUUACGUUGAAAUGUAUUCAUGAUUCAAAAUAAACAAAUUCUUGCCAAACCAAUAAUGACAUGUUUAUACCCUAUCGCUCCAUUUUAAUUUAUAAAAGAUUUUUUAAGUAUUGUAGGUUAAGUUUAUCGAAGAAUCUACUAAUGUGUUGGUUUUAAUGGUGUUUGAAGAUUUUUCUUGUACUAGU